UUUCCCAAAACCCAGCGCGGCGGGCCUCAGCCGCGCUAAGAUGGCGACUCCCAUGCAUCGGCUCAUAGCCCGGAGACAAGCUGAAGCAAAUAAGCAGCAUGUAAGAUGUCAGAAAUGCUUGGAAUUUGGGCACUGGACUUAUGAAUGCACAGGAAAAAGAAAAUACCUACACAGGCCUUCAAGAACAGCAGAACUAAAGAAAGCUUUAAAAGAAAAAGAAAACAGAUUAUUAUUACAACAAAGCGUUGGAGAAACUAAUGUAGAAAAAAAGACCAAGAAAAAAAGGUCUAAGAGUGUAACCAGUUCCAGUAGCGAUAGCAGUGACAGUUCAGCCAGUGAUUCUUCAUCAGAGAGUGAAGAAACGUCUACCUCAUCUUCCUCAGAGGAUAGUGACACUGAUGAAAGCUCCUCCAGUUCAUCGUCUUCUGCCUCCUCCACAAGCUCUUCCUCGUCCUCUGAUUCAGACUCAGAUUCCAGCUCUUCCAGCAGCAGCAGCAGCAGCACAGAUAGCAGCUCUGAGGAUGAACCACCAAAGAAGAAGAAAAAGAAAUAGAAUUGCUCCAUCCUUAUUGGACUGAUGGAUUGAAAACUAUCUGAUUCUCAAAAGGGAAUUUAGACUAUGUUAAAGCCAAAUAGGUUUACUGGCCAAAAUUUCUAGAGCUCAAAAGUUUAUAAAUGUUUUACAUUUCAGAGCAUAAAAGGCAUUAAUAAUAAUAGAAUAUGUAUACUUUUUUAUUUUAAGGAUGAAUCUUGUUUUUCUUUUUUAUCUUUAAAAUAUAUCUCUAAAACUUAAAGCUGAGAUCCAGUAAAUCUGUUUUUGUGACAAAACUUAUCUUUUCUUCCUGUGAAAUGAAUGCUAUACUUUGUUAUAUAUUAGUGUUAUGUAUCAGACAUGUUUUCAGGAUAAUGCAUCAGAGUAUCUGGCAGUGUUUUUUCUAAUGCUUUUGGCCGUGUGUCAUGUCAGAUUUAAUACAUCGUUGCUAUAAGCUUACGACUAUUCCUAAUGUUAAUAAAUGUGCUCUAUUUUUAUGUUUAUGUUGAGAAAGUUAUUUGGACUUUUUUGUCCUAAUUGAAAAGUUCAAGGAACCUAUUAAUAUAUUUAUACCUUUUGGAUGGCCCAAGUUUCAAGUUACUGUGUUGUAUCAUUCAUUUUCUUCUUAAGAGUUACACUUUUCUGAGGAAAAUCAUUCUAAAGGAAUUUGAAAAGAAACAAAAAUUCUGAAACUACUGGGGAAUCUAAUCUUGGUGCCUUUUGAUAAAUUUAGUGUCUCAGAAACGAAAGCAGUCAUUUAAAACGCUCACAAGUAAAAGUGAUAGGAAUAUCUUUCUGUGUUAAUAUGCUUUAAAAGGUACCAUUCAAAGUGGAAAAGAAGGUAGGAGAAAGAGGUAGUUUUUAUUACCUCUUAUUACAGCCAUGUUGUUUACCUUUUACUAAGAUUUUUUAAGCUUUCAUAAAGAUUGCCUUUUACCAUUUUCGCAAUUGCGAAUGACAGUUUAUGUGGUAACUGGUCAUAUACGACAGUCUACUGCAUAAAUAUGAAUGACUUGGAUUAAUUUGGUGUGUUUACAUAGCAUAUACACAGUUGAAAUCUAGCAUGAAAGGUUAAAAAAUACUGCAUAAUGUUUCUUAAAAGUAAAAUACCCUGCCGUAGUGAGGUUAUUUGGUUUAAAAUCACAUUAUUCUGUGAUGGCUUUUAAACUUUUUGAAAAGAGGUAUUAUUUGUAGAAAAAUCUUGAUUUGGGUUAAACAUAGGUUUUUGAGACUAUGAAUGUUGUCUUUUUUAUAUUUCUACGAACAAGUGGUAGAAAAUUACUUUUAAAUAAAAUGGGCUUCUAUUUAAAUGUUGAAAUACAUGUAUGUUGUGAGUUUAAGGAGGCUGUAAUUACUUGAAGGUUUACAGAACCACCUCCGUUCAGUGAUUGUAAACAAACUCUCAAAACAUCUUUUCAAAGGCUCCAUACAAAAUGUAUCGAAUGACAGGAAAAUUUAAUAAAUUACUAAUUAAACAUAUUUUACGAGGUUUGAGGUCUCCAUAAGGGCAAUUUUAGCAGUUAAAGAACUUGGAAAAGAAGAAAAAUGUGUAUGUAGGUUGCAUCACUUGCAAUUAAAUAAAACUUAUCAUUUGUGCUCA